CUUAGUUAGUUCUCAUACAGAAAUUUAACGAGCGAGAUGCGAAUUUUGUGGAUUGCAGCUAUAUGUGUCUCGUGGCAAUUUUCAGACGCCUAUUUUUCUAUGCCAAAAUUUCUUUGUAUUCCACCUUUUGUGGCCAUUAACGGAAGUUGCCUGAUUCCCACCACCACAAAGCCCUUGAUCCCGCCCUGUUUGAAGAACCCUCAAAACUUAACAGUAUCUCCGGAAAAUCGCAAAAUAGUUACCGUUAGUCCCUGGAAUUCUUUACCAGAAGAUGAAGAUAGUAUCGGAAAAAGCAUUUCUAAAGAUAAAGAGCCUUCUCUUCCUAUCAAAGUUCCAGUAAAGCCUAUUACGGAAAAUUCUCCGAGUGCAGGAGCAGUUGAAGGCGGUAAUAAAGACCAAAGAUUAAAACCGAUACCUGGUACAAGGCCGGGAAAUCUACCAAUGAAUCCAAAAAUUUCUCAAACAGAUAAAUUGGGCAAUGUUAUUUUGUCAUCCAAAAAGCCAACUAAAAUUCCCUUAUCACCAAAUCCACAGGAAAUAUCAAAAAUCGCGCCGACAAAUCCCAUAAUUCCAGAUACGGAUGAAAUAAUAAAUCGUUUAGUGCCAUCAGAACGGCCGAAUCAAAUACAAUUGCCUGGGAUAAUUGGGGCAGGAUCAGAAACUCAGCCAAAAGUUCCCACACUUCCUGUCACAGAUAAUUUAGUAGAUCUACUAAAACCUCCAAGAAUCCCCACACAAAAGAUUCCUGGGUCGAAACCGCCGAUGCUUCCGAAAAUUCCUAAAACGGAUCAUUUGAUAAAUGGUAAAUUACCGUCAGGAGAUUUGAUCGGUAAACAAAACCCAUCUAAAAAUCCAAAAAUUCCCUAUGAUAAUGAAGUAAUAAAUGGUUUGUUGCCAUCCGAACGGCCGAGUCCAAUACAAUUGCCUGGGAUAACUGGUGUAGGAUCAGAAACUCCCCCACUUCCUGUCACAUAUAAUUUGGAAGAUUUAGUUAAACCUCCAGGAAUCCCCCCACUCGAGAUGCUUGGGUCCAAUCCGCAGAAUCCAAAAAUUCCUAAAACGGAUCAUUUGAUAAAUGGUAAAUUACCCUCCGGAGAUUUGAUAGGUAAACAACACCCAUCUAAAAAUCCAAAAAUUCCUGAUACUGAUGAAAUAAUAAAAAAUUUAUUGCCAUCCGAAAGGCCUGGGAUAACUGGUGUAGGAUCAGAAAGUCCGCCAAAAAUUCCCACACUUCCUGUCACAGAUAAUUUGGAAGAUCUACUAAAACCUCCCGGAAUCCCCCCACACGAGAUACCUGGGUCAAAACUGCAGAAUCCAAAAAUUCCUAAAACGGAUCAUUUGAUAAAUGGUAAAUUACCCUCCAGAGAUUUGAUCGGUAAACAACACCCAUCUAAAAAUCUAAAAACUCCUGAUACUGAUAAAGUAAUAAAUGGUUUAUUGCCAUCCGAACGGCCGAGUCAAAUACGAUUGCCUGGGAUAACUGGUGUAGGAUCAGGAACUCAGCCAAUAGUUCCCACACUUCCUGUCACAGAUAAUUUGGAAGAUCUACUAAAACCUCCAGGAAUCCCCCCACUCGAGAUACCUGGGUCCAAUCCGCAGAUACUUCCAAAAAUUCCUAAAACGGAUCAUUUGAUAAAUGGUAAAUUACCCUCCGGAGAUUUGAUCGGUAAACAACACCCAUCUAUAAAUCCAAUAACUCCUGAUACUGAUGAAGUAAUAAAUGGUUUAUUGCCAUCCGAACGGCCGAGUCAAAUACUAUUGCCUGGGAUAACUGGUGUAGGAUCAGAAACUCCCCCACUUCCUGUCACAGAUAAUUUGGAAGAUCUACUGAAACCUCCAGGAAUUCCCCCACUCGAGAUGGCUGGGUCCAAUCCGCAGAUACCAAAAAUUCCUAAAACGGAUCAUUUGAUAAAUGGUAAUUUACCCUCCGGAGAUUUGAUUGGUAAACCACAUCCACCUAAAUAUAACUUACCUGGGAUGCCGAAGAUAAUUGAUCCCAAAAUGCCCAAAUUGAUUAGACCUGAAGACCUAUAUCCGAAAGAUAUAAAUAUCUAUCAGCUUUUACCCAAGGACAUAUUUUACUAAAGCCAAUAUUUAAAAAUGGUGUUUAAAAAUUUGUAUAUUUUUAUCAAACCGAACCCGGUUUAGUUGUGCAUUGAGGGAUAAUAAUAAAAAAAUGAAUAUUCAAA